AUGGAUUCUCCAUCCAGUGACGCCGGCAAGGAAGAUGACGAUGAAAGUUCGUCCUCUUCGUCGAGUGGAUCGGAAGCAACCACACCGAAGCGUUCCGAGCUGGAUGAUUUCCGCGAACGAUGGCAGCAGGAACUGAAGCGAGAGCAACCGGUUACCGCCAACGCACCAGUUGCCACGACGACGGUGGAACAUGAUUCCAUCGAGCAUCAGGCACGUACACUGUUCCAGCAAGGUUCGGACCUGGAACGAAGCGGGAAAGUGUUCGAAGCAAUGCGACUUUAUCGGCGCGCCACACAACUCGUGCCGGACAUUGAGUUCCGGGUGUACGAUAUAAAGCAUGCCAAACCGAAGGAAGAUCCAACGAAUGAUAAAAACGCACGGCUCGUGGAAGGGCUAAUGGAACGCAUGAUGGAGGCAAACAUAGACGAAGAUGAGGAAAAUCUGGAAAACGUCGAUUUGGCAUUGCGCUUCCAGACGCUAAUGGCCCGGUCCGGCAAACUGUUCGAACGUGCCAGCGGUGACCGUAAGCUGAUCGUGACGACGGCCCACUUCUCAGACCUUCCGAUGGAACUGAUCCUUUACAUACUGCGAUGGGUUGUAUCGAACGAUUUGGAUAUGAAAUCGCUGGAACGCUUUGCAUCAGUUUGCCGUGGAUUUUAUCUACUGGCGAGAGAUCCGGAAAUAUGGCGCCAUGCGUGUAUGAGAAUUUGGGGUGUAAAUUUGGGGGUACUGAAGGGAACGCCCUUCAGUUCCUGGCGCGAGAUGUACAUUAGCCGACCCCGGAUACUCUUCCACGGAUGUUACAUCAGCCGAACUAGUUAUCUGCGUUCGGGCGAGAAUAGUUUCCAGGAUCAGUUCUAUCGACCGAUCCAGCUGGUAGAAUACUAUCGAUACUUUCGCUUCUUUGCGGACGGUAAAGUGCUGAUGCUGACGACAGCCGAUGAACCACAGCAGUGUGUCGUUAAGUUGAAGCCACGAUGUCCCACUCAGAACGAAAUAUUGCGUGGACACUAUCGCUUGCACGACGACGUCGUUAUCGUGGCCAUUCAACGCAACCGUCCAACGGCUCCCGCACGGCCAAGUCGCAAAGUGCGCGACCCGGAACCGGAAUACGGACAGCAAACGUUUCUGAUGGAACUGCAGAUCGUAAGCACCGCCAAACGGCCAUUUAGCCAGCUGCACUGGAAACAGUACACGAUGGUACAGCAGCGAAACAAUCAGGAAAAAACGACCCAGUUCGAGCUAACCAGCACCAAGUAUCCACCGUUAUACUUUUCGCGCGUUAAGAGCUACCACCUGGAAUCGGAAGGACCAUUGAAGUAGA